CUUAAGCUGCAAAUUACAAUGACUUUGGGCUAGAAAGCUAGUUGGUGGUGGUACAGGUUUUAUUUCUCCAGCCACACUGUUUGAGGGCUUAGCAUCUCUAAGGCCAUAGCUGUGAUGUAUGCAUGGUUUGAAGUGGCUUUCUUGGCUUGCAUGCUCUUCAUCAAGGGGAGAGUAAGUAUUGGAGGAGCACGAGUCCGGUGCUCCGCCAGGUAAUGUAAACCCCCCAAGUGUUCUGGCGGAAUUGGAGGGAGGGAAGACACGAGGCACGAGAUCGAGACGGCGCCGACGAGAUCCAUGGUGGCCACCACCCCGGCCAACACCGCCGCCUCCCGGAACCGCCCUCCAAGCCCCAAGAACCCUCCUCCUCAGUACCGCGACGGUGCCGAGAACCCCCACCGCCUGCCGCUGGUCCGCUCCGAGAAGUACAAUGCCGCCCCCAGGCGGCCUCCCUCCAAGGAGAUCUCAUCGCGCUACCUCCCCUCGAACGCCCCCUCUCCCUCUCCCUCUUCGUCCACGGCCACUUCGUACUCCACGCCCACGACGUUCUCUUCUUCCAGCUCUUCCUCGAGUUCGCGGCGCCUCCCUUCCCCUCCCGUGCGGCCGCGGCCCUCGACGCCGCCGGCCUUGCCCCAGUCCGUCGCCCAGAGGCGAUCUCAUUCCGUCGAUCGCGCACGGCCUUUGACGCCGCGACGUGAACCCCGGCCCGCUCCGGUUGAACCCUCCUCUGCCGCUCGAGCCCUAAGCACGACCACCCGAAGCCUCUCGGUCUCAUUCCAGGGGGAAUCCUUCUUCUACCAGACCAGCCGCGCCAAGGCCGCCUCCCCUAGUCCAGCACGCAGGCCCAGCCCGGAACGCCGACGUGCCAGUGGCGUUUCCGCAACACCAGCGAGGACAGGAGAUCACUCGGAGAACACUGUGCCCUUGGACAACCACCGCCUGUGGCCUGCCGCAAGUACUCGAGCGCCAAAUCCGUUGACGAGGAGCUUGGAUUGCUCGUUGGAGCACAAAGACCCAAUCUUGCUCACCGUCCGGUUGCUGCAGCAGUCGAUGGUGUUCAAUGAUGCCCCGGGGAAGGCUUCAUACGAUGGGGGCGAUCUCUCUGCUUCCUCUGACACUGAUAGCGUGUCAUCAGGGGGCAAUUCGGGGACGCCGGAGCUCGGCAUGCCACCAAGGGCGAAGGUCACUCCUCAGGGAAUCAGUGUGCCUGCGAGGUUUUGGCAGGAGACAAAUAGCCGCCUUCACCAGCCGCCGGAUUCGGGCUCGCUGCAGUCUUCAGGUACGAGGCACAUGGUCCAUCCGAAGCUUGGUUCGGUGAAGAAAUUGUCAGUGGAAAGGACGUUAUCGUCGUCUCCAAGGUCUAUUUCUUCGCCACUCCAUGGACCCAUGAGACCUUCUUCUCCUGGUAAGCUCAUGACUUCCCCAUCAAGGGGAAUGACUAGUCCUUUGAGGGCAAGGAUUGGCACAACUGUGACUGUCUAUCCAAUCAGUCAGCCAGCUAAUGCACCUUCAAUCCUAAGCUUUGCUGCUGAAGUGAGGAGAGCAAAGAAAGGAGAGAACAGGAUUGAAGAGGCACACAUGUUGAGGGUAUUUGAUAAUCGACACUUGCAAUGGCGAUUUGCUAAUGCGAGGGCCACUGCAGCAUUCCUGUUGCAGAAGGUGACUGCAGAGAAAACUAUGUAUGAUGCAUGGGUUACUACCUCAAAAUUGCGUGAUUCUGUUGCUUUUAAGAGGAUCAAGCUACAACUUCUGACACAAAAUUUAAAGCUAAAUUCUGUUCUUGAGGGGCAAAUGACCUAUCUGGAAGAAUGGUCUCUCAUGGAUAGGGACCAUUCAAAUGCAUUAUCUGGAGCUAUUGAAGCACUAAAGGCUACAACACUCCGUCUUCCUGUUGUUGGUGGAGCCAAGGCAGACAUCCAGAAAGUGAAACAUGCUGUUGGUUCGGCUGUGGAAGUGAUGCAAACAAUGGGAUCCUCAGUAUGCUCUCAGUUGUCGAAGGUACAAGAAAUGAGUUCCAUGAUAUCUGAAAUUGCUAAAGUGGCUGCUGAAGAACGCCUAUUACUUGAUCAAUCCAGAGACCUCUUGUCCACAGUCGCAGCUAUGCAUGUCAAACAAUGUAGCCUACAAAGUCAUACGAUACAAGUAAAACGAAAAGUCAGCCAAAUGCAACUGUAGAGCAGAUUUUCUUACAAUCUUAUUUGAUCACUAACAUCAAAGUAACCUCCUCAGUUUCUAACUGGAGAUUAUGCGAAGGAAUUACCUUGCUGUGUAUACAGAUUAUGUCUUCAUAUGCUAAUCAAAGUGAAGCUUAUGUAUAUAUGUGUUUUGGCGCCUUCUUUUUUCUUUUUCUUUUCACAAAGUAAAAGAAUAACUUGUUUCUUCAUUUAAGACAUUAGAAGGAUGUUUACGUGUCAGAGCUGUUUACUAACUGUGAAAAGGAGCAAUAAUUUUUUGGUAUUAGAAGUUUA